GUGUGUCGCGGAAGCAUGGCGGCGGCGCUGGCGCUGCUGGGCCGGGCCGCGGCCCUGCUCAGCGGGGCGCAGCGGCUCCUCAGGAGUUGCGGCGUCGGUGCCUCGGCCGAGAAGUGUCUGUCCAGAGGGAUCAGUUCGGAUGAAGGCCCGAAGCGGCCCUUGACGGCCUAUUUCCGCUUCCUGAAAGAAAAUCAUUCAGCUAUUAGGCAGAAAAAUCCAGAAUUGAAGAACAAGGACCUAAUGAAAAAAAUAGCAAAUAUUUGGAGAGAGUUACCAGCAUCAGAGAAGCAGGUUUAUGAGGAAGGUAGAAAGGCAGACUGGCAAAGAUACAUGGAGCAGUUGGUUGCAUAUAGAGCACAGCUAACUCCAGCCCAGGCUAUAGCUUUGGAUGAAGAAAAGAGAAAUCGAUGGGCAAGAAGAAGAUCAUUGAGGGCAAAAAGGGAAUUGGCUGCACUUGGGAAACCUAAAAGACCUCGUAGCGGCUUUAACAUCUUUGUGUCAGAAAACUAUCAGGAAACUGAGGGCAUUUCACCUGUGGCAAAGAUGAAGAAAUUAUUUACUCUAUGGGGAAAACUGACCAGCUCUCAAAAGCAGCCAUAUGUGCAGCUCGCUCAAGACGAUAAGGUUCGGUAUGAAAACGAGAUGAAUUCAUGGGAGGCAAGAAUGGUUGAGCUGGGACGUGAGGAUCUGGUACGUGUCGGAAAGCAAAAGCCAAAACAGGAGACUGCUGAAAAAGCCAAAGCUCCCUCACGACAAAAGGUGGCAAAAUUGAAGUUGAGAGACGUGGAAGAAUAAGAUGGAGAAGUAUUUUAUAUGUGAUGCCCUUCGGUUAUCACGUCUUUAUCCAGCUGUGUUAGUGCUGCAGUCAGCAUGAGCACUGAAAUUUAGAAAACCUUCCGAGGGCUCGUUGAGGAACUAGAAAACGUGAUGAGGUGUGAGAGGAUCCAUUCUCUGGGAACUGACCAGAAUCAUCGUUGCUGUUGCAGCCUGAACUGUCCAACUCGAAUCGGUUAAUCAAGCUGUGAAUCCUGGCAUCAGCAGAGCUCUCUGGUAGGUAACAGCUUUUGUAAGAGGUUUUUUAUGAAAGCGAGAAUAUUCUACUGUUACCAUAUAAAUUCUGUCAAUCAGAGCUGACAUUUGAGUUAAUGCUGCCAUGUUUUAUUCCCUCCCUGGUAUUGGUAGUGAAAUGUUCUACAUUUCAACAGAAGGCACAGGAAAUGUAAAAACACUUUUAGUUUAUGCAUCUCUCUUUUCGUAUCCAUCCAUGUGUGUAUACCACCUGUGUUGCAUUUAAUUAAAGACUGUAUGAGUUUUGUAUAAA